CCUUCCCCCCCCCCCUCGCCCGCCCGCCCCCUCGGCACGCACGCCGGCGGCGGGCGCCGGAGCCCACGUGGCCAUGUCGGCCAGGCAGACUGAAGUUCUCGGGAGCCCAGUCGGCAGGACUGCCAGCAUGACCCCGUCAGCCCUUCAGGGCGUCUCGCCCUUCUUCCCGGAGGGCGCCGGCGGCGUGGAGCGCCGCCCGAGCGGCCCUCUGCAGCCCGGGCAGGCGCAGCCGCAAAUCGUCAUGUGCCACUUCGGGGACCCCGGGCAGCCCUUCCAGCUGCACAGGCUCGACGACGCGACGCCAGCCUCGGCAAUCCGACCAGGCGGGCCGCCCAUGCCGAGCCCCUUGCGGCGGGGCGCCUCGGUCCCCAUGGGCGCGGCCCCCGUGAUGAUGCAGGUCCCCGAGGGCGCUGCGCCCGCGCCGGGAGUCCUGUACAGGGCACAGACGGCGCGCGCCCGUCAGGUCGUCCUCGCCGUCGUCGUCGUUGUCGUCGUCGUCGUCGGCGGCGGCGGUGUGCGCGUUGUUGAGCCUUCUGCUAUUUCUUUCUGGUUCCAUGUGGG